AUGUCACGACUAACUGGCGAGGGCGGUGGCCGUACCAGCGGUGGAAUACCACCCCCGAAAACAGAGAGCGCAGUCCAGGCCCGGAAAUCAUUCUACUGCGAACUAUGCUCAAAGGGUUACUCCCGCAUGAACGAGUUCGAAGCUCACGAGAACUCCUACGACCAUCAGCACAAGAAGCGGUUCCAGGAGAUGAAAGCUAUGCAGCGCGACCCUUCCACGGCCGAGAAGCGCCGGGAGCGUGAGCGCCGGCAGGACGAGAAAGCUGGAGUCAUCACAAUCAAGCCUCUCAAGCUCGCCGCGGAUGAAAAGAAAGCUGGCGGGUUCAAGAAGGGCGGGUUCAAGAGCGCGUUUGGGAACGAAGAGGAAAAGAAGGUUGUGCCGGCCGCAUCAAUCGGUGGGUUCAAGAAGGCAUUUGCGGCCCCAGAGGAGCAAAAGGUGGCAGGAGCAGCAGCGGCGGCGGCGGAGGAGAGUGAUACGGAGGAUGAAGGGUACGAAAGAUACGAUCCAGCGAAGCCUACGGACUGA